AUGUUGAACGCGCAAGAAAUUGUUUGGAUUUUCUAUAUGGCUCUGCUCUUCUUUUUCACUGCCAUUUUAAUAUGGCGUUGCCGAGACAAACUUCAUUUGAUACCGUUCGUGAUCUUUGGCAUCAUCAUCAUCAUCAGCUUAUUUUAUCAACUGAAUGUUGAUGACAGCCUCAACCAAGUAUAUACAGCACCAAUAUCAACACAUCUGCAACAACACUACUGGUCCAGCAAAAGCUUAGUGUUUCAUACUUUACCUAUCAUAUCCACGCUAUUGUUUUCUGGUAUCGUGGAAGCACAACUGACAUAUGUACGCCAUCUAACAGCUGCUACAAACAUAACCAAUGUUCGCAGACUAAAAAUCUAUUGGGUGCUUUUGAUGAGCUUUAUCGCGUACAUUCUCUUUGCAAGUAUAUCUUUUCUUAUUCAGUUCGUUAUAGAAAGCUCAAGACAGCAACGCAUCUAUGCCUCUGUCUUUGUUACCAUGAUGUUUUUGUCGUCAACUUUUAAUACAGCAACGAUGCUAUUUUAUCUCUAUUCAAUCCACCAUUCAAAUCACAGCUAUAUUCGACAAAAAGCUUCUGACCUCUUCUAUCUACGGACAGUACCUGCUCUAUUAUCCAUCUUCACUGGUGGCCUAGUAAUUCUGAAUUGGUUAUAUUGUUUUGCUUCGUAUAGAUUGCCUACACUAAUUUGGAUUGUUUUGGAAACUAUAUUUGUGUAUUUACCAAUCGUUCUAUUAAUGGCAACCUGUAUUCAUUGUAGUAAACUUAGAAAAAGAUUGGGUCGUCAGUAUUCUGUUCAGGAGCAAAAGAAAAGAUACAGUAUCAAUCAACCAGUUCCAGCAACAAUGAACAACACAGCUGCUACCACAUUUGAAAUCGCACAAGCAUCUAGAACUACUGUGCCACCUGCUACUUAUCAACCGAUAAAUAAAUCCUUCAUUAUUUAA